AUGGCAUCAACCACCAUUAUAGGGAAGCUGAUGAGGACGAAAUAUGUUGGCGUAGGAAGGGGACCACGACCUAAUGAGUUACGGAAGAUUUUGAGGCAGGAGUUCAGCUUGAACGUUUCUUACUGGAAGGCGUGGAGAGCACGGGAAAUCGCCAUGGAAAAUGCUCUGGUAUCAGCCAUGGGGAGCUAUGCUCUGAUCCAGCCAUACUUCAAGCUUCUAUUGGAGUCAAAUCGAAACUCAUUGGUCAAUUUGGAAACAUCACCUGGGGCUGACAGCGUGGAGAGGUUAAAGUGUCUAUUCUUGUCCCUAGGUGCAUCAAUUAAAGGAUUUUCGUUUAUGUGGAAGGUCAUUGUCAUCGACGGAACCCAUCUCCGAGUGCGAUAUGGAGGUUGCUUGAUCGCAGCGAGCGCGCAAGACGCAAAUUUCCAAAUAUUCUCAAUCGCGUUUGGGAUAGUGAACAGCGAGAAUGAUGCAGCCUGGACUUGGUUCAUGGAGAAACUUUCGGACGCGAUUCCAGACGACCCAGAUCUUGUUAUCGUGUCGGAUCGCCAUUCUUCGAUCUUUGCAAGCAUCCGUAAGCGAAACAUUCUUGCGAUAUUUAAAUCUGAAGCCCUUAGCUAUUUGGUUUCGAGCGCGACGAGAGCAUACCGGCUUAGGGAUUUCAACACAUUAUUUGGUGAGAUACGGGCUAUGAGCGGACCAUGUGCGGACUACCUCACCGGAAUUAGGUUUGAACACUGGACCAGAUCCCACUUUGUUGGGGAGCGCUACAAUGUCAUGACCAGCAACAUCACUGAGUCUUUAAACAAUGUCCUGACAAUAGCUCGGGACUACCCGAUGAUCUCUAUAUUGGAGACAAUCCGUACAACCUUAGUGACCUGGUUAGCCUUGCGCAGGGAAGCAGCUAGGGUGAAGGAUAACAUCUUACCACUGAAGGUCAACGAGAUGGUGAUAGAGAAUUAUCAUAAGGAUGCUGGUUUUUUGGUUAUAAAGAUUGGAUAUGGCCAAUAUGAGGUUCAUGACACCAAGGACUCAGCAUUCGUUGGCCAUCUAUGGGAGAGAACCUGCACCUGUCGUGAGUUCCAGUUGCUAACCAUUCCAUGUUGUCACGCUAUCGCUGCAGCCAUCCAAGAAGGUGUUAGAUUUGACACUUUGGUGGGUGUUACACACACUGUUCCCAACCUAAGGUGCUAUUUUGAUGCGGACAUCGAUUAUCCUGUCCAACCCGCUAGACUAGAUCAGGUACCAGAUCAUGUACCACACACUGUACCAGUCGUCCCAGAAGUUCCCAUGACUCGUUCAAAGUCUAAACAACUUAGAAAGAAGUUCAACUUAGCUGUACAAGACAUUGUGAUCUCACUAGAGCUGAACUACGUCAACUGGUCUGUACCACCUUUACUCCAUCACGAUGGAUAUGAUCCCAUCCCCGAGGAAGAGCUUGCUGAAGCAUUCACCUAA